AGAUGGCUCGGCUGAUAUAUAACCCUCACGUCUGGGGCUGAUGCAAUACUUCAAGAAGACGGAACGUGUCGUCCGCUACACCAGCUAUUAAAGACAAAAUACCCUUUUUUUCUAGAACUAACCAAGGCGACAAGAAAAACAGGGACACUCGUAUCAUCGAGUUUUAUAAAGAUCCCCCGGCUUUUUAUCUGGUGACUGUGAAAAUGCCUUUUAUCAGAACAUUCAGCAAGGUGGCUAAGCAGGCCCUCCUGAGCCCAGGAUGUGGCUGUCGACCAAUCACAGUGGCCGUACGGACCAUCAGCUUCUCACCCCGCCAGGUCACCUCAGACGCCAGUUUCCACUCCGUGUCCUUCUCCGAGACGGACCACCCCAAGGUGCUCAUCACAGGCGGCCUUGGACAGUUGGGGGUAGGGCUGGCCACGAUGUUGAGGAAGCGGUUCGGAAACAACAACGUGAUCCUGUCGGAUAUCAGGAAGCCUCCAAGUCACGUCUUUCACAGCGGACCCUUCAUCUACUCUGACAUCCUGGACUAUAAAAACCUUCGUGAGAUCGUUGUCAACAACCGCAUCACCUGGUUGGUCCAUUACAGCGCCUUGCUCAGUGCCGUGGGAGAGGCCAAUGUAGCUCUGGCACGCGACGUCAACAUCACUGGGCUCCACAACGUCCUGGACAUCGCAGCGGAGCACGGCCUGCGUCUGUUUGUGCCCAGCACCAUCGGAGCUUUCGGGCCCACCUCUCCCCGGAACCCGACCCCUGACCUCUGUGUCCAGAGACCCAGAACCAUCUACGGGGUCUCUAAAGUCCACGCAGAGCUCAUGGGAGAGUACUACCACCACCGCUACGGCCUUGACUUCCGCUGUCUGCGCUACCCAGGAAUCAUCUCUGCUGACUCACAGCCUGGAGGAGGAACGACAGACUACGCGGUAGCCAUCUUUCACGAUGCUGUAAAGACGGGGAAGUUUGAGUGCAACUUGAAACCAGACACGAGGCUCCCCAUGAUGUACAUCGACGACUGUCUGCGUGCCACCGUGGAGAUGAUGGAAGCGCCCGCAGACACCCUGUCCAUGAGGACCUAUAACAUCAACGCCAUGAGCUUUUCCCCUGAAGAGCUGGCUCAGGAGGUCCAGAAACAGCUGCCGGACCUGGAGGUCAGCUACGACAUCGACCAAGUCAGACAGGCCAUCGCCGACAGCUGGCCAAUGAACUUUGACGAUUCUAACGCGCGGAGCGACUGGGGCUGGAAACACGACUACGACCUCCCGGAGCUCGUCCAGACCAUGCUCAACUACAUCGGCUCAGACUCGCGCAUCGCAAAGGCCAACUGAGGGGCCAGCGGUGACGUGAUGCUGGGUGGGGUGCUGCUGGGUGACGUGCUGCUCGGUGACAUGAUGCUGGGUGGGGUGCUGCUGGGUGACGUGAUGCUGGGCUGGAGCAGUGUUGUUUCUUUGUACAUACUGUAAAGACUGUUGUUUUAUAGGAGGGAGACACGUGGUCUGUAAAUAGUCGUUUUCUCUGUCAUUUGGAAGGGCUCUCAAUCUGUCUUUGUCUGUCUCGGUGUCUGUCUGUCUCGGUGUCUGUGUCUGUCUCGGUGUCUGUCUGAACAAGUUACUAGAAUGUGGUUGUGUGUGAAGUAGUGGGCUGAUUCCCCUCCUUCAUCCCCCUCUCAGGAAGGAGGAGGGGUUGGAACAGGGUCUGAGAACAUGUUGAGAUAAAACAUCAGAGGGGUGGACUCCAUGUGGUGGACUCCAUGUGGUGGACUCCAUGUGGUGGACUCCAUGUGGUGGACUCCAUGUGGUGGACUCCAUGUGGUGGACUCCAUGUGGUGGACUCCAUGGUGGACUCCAUGUAGUGGACUCCAUGUAGUGGACUCCAUGUAGUGGACUCCAUGGUGGACUCCAUGUGGUGGACUCCAUGUGGUGGACUCCAUGUGGUGGGCUCCAUGGUGGACUCCAUGUGGUGGACUCCAUGUGGUGGACUCCAUGUGGUGGACUCCAUGUGGUGGACUCCAUGUGGUGUGCUCCAUGUGGUGUGCUCCAUGUGGUGUGCUCCAUGUGGUGUGCUCCAUGUGGUGUGCUCCAUGUGGUGGGCUCCAUGUGGUGGGCUCCAUGUGGUGGGCUCCAUGUGGUGGGCUCCAUGUGGUGGGCUCCAUGUGGUGGACUCCGUGGUGGACUCCGUGGUGGACUCCGUGGUAGACUCCAUGUGGUGGGCUCCAUGUGGUCGACUCCAUGUGCCAUGUGGUCGACUCCAUGUGGUGGGCUCCAUGUGGUGGGCUCCAUGUGGUGGGCUCCAUGUGGUGGACUCCAUGUGGUGGACUCCGUGUGGUGGACUCCGUGUGGUCGGCUACAUGUGGUCGACUCCAUGUGCCAUGUGGUCGACUCCAUGUGGUGGACUCCAUGUGGUGGACUCCAUGUGGUGGACUCCAUGUGGUGGACUCCGUGUGGUGGACUCCAUGUGGUCGGCUCCGUGUGGUGGACUCCAUGGUCGACUCCAUGUGGUGGACUCCAUGGUCGACUCCAUGGGGUGGACUCCAUGGUCGACUCCAUGGGGUGGACUCCAUGGGGUGGACUCCAUGUGGUGGACUCCAUGGUCGACUCCAUGGCUAUAAAUUGUUUGCUGUAUUGUUCCAUCGUGGUUUAACAUGUUAACAGGCCAACAAACAGAACAGAAUGGCGUUUUGAAUCCUUCUUCUCUCUAUGGGAGAGCCGAUGUUAUAAAGGUCACCUCUACCUAAAGCCAUGGUCCUAAAGCCAAA